GGCACAUAUCAUCAUGGUCAUCAUCAUUGUUCCCUAUUCCCAUCUCCACAGCUCCUUCUCUCUUCAUUUCCAUAUUUUCUGACUCUCUUCUGAAACGUCGCCCCCACCUUCCAAAUCACCAUUUCUCUGCAUAUAUACCUAUAUGUGCAAUUACACACAAUCCUAUAUAAUGUAAAUUCAUUAUAAAAAUUAUUAUGGGGUUUUAUGUUUUUGUUUAAUUCUCUCUGAAGUCUUCAUAUUUGACAACUCGAUCGAAGAUCAGGUUUUUUAUAUCAUAAUCCAUGUAUAUACAAUAUCUUAGUUUAGGGUUGGAAACUUAGGGGAAAAAAAGUCAAAGGCUCGAGGGUUUUCUGAAUUUUGGUUUCUGGGGAAUGCUAUAUUUGAAACAACCAGUUGGGGGUGAUGAUGGGGUUUAGGAAUUUGGGAUAAUAGUAAAAAAAUUUCCGUUUAAAUUGAAUGCCUGUAUGAUUGAUUCCCGAGCCAGAGGCUCGGGGAUCGGAGAACCACAACCAAUGGCUGACGUGCCGAGGAAUGUGAAGCAGCAAUUGCAGGAAGUACAACCGGAUUCUCCUCCACCACCGCCGCAUGCGGGAUUUAUGCAGAAAUUUAGACUCUAUGAAACUCGAUCGAAAUUCUAUAUGGUAGGAAGGAACCAAGGCAGAACAUAUUGGAGAGUUUUAAAACUUGACAGGUUGGAACCUUCCGAACUUAACAUUCGUGAAGAUUCUACGACAUAUACAGAGAGGGAGUGCUCUGACCUAUUGAGAAGAAUACAUGAAGGAAACAGGGCUACAGGAGGACUUAAGUUUGUCACUACUUGUUAUGGCAUCGUUGGGUUCAUUAGAUUUCUGGGGCCUUAUUACAUGGUACUCAUAACAAAAAGAAGGCAAAUUGGUGCAAUCUGCGGUCACAAUGUUUACGCUAUCUCUAAAAGCGAGAUAAUUCCUCUUCCAAAUUCUGCAGUGAGAUCUGGCACGGCUAACAAUAAGAAUGAAAACAGGUACAAGAAGCUUUUGUGCAUGGUUGAUCUUACUAGGGAUUUCUACUUUAGUUACUCCUACCAUGUGAUGAGAAGUCUCCAGAAGAACAUGUGUGAUAAUGAGACAGGACAAGUCUUAUAUGAAACUAUGUUCGUCUGGAAUGAGUUUCUUACUCGUGAAAUGCGAAAUAUUCUGCAGAAUACUAGUUGGACUGUUGCAUUGGUUUAUGGCUUCUUUAAACAGGCUACACUUCCUAUAUCAGGGCGGGAAUUCAAGCUGACUCUAAUAGCAAGACGUUCACGGUAUUAUGCUGGAACAAGAUAUCUGAAACGAGGGGUGAACGAUAAGGGAAGAGUUGCAAAUGACGUUGAAACUGAGCAGAUUAUAUUCGAGGAUGUUCCAGAAGGGUUCCCUACACAAAUAAGUUCUGUUGUCCAAAAUCGUGGCUCAAUUCCUCUAUUCUGGUCACAGGAAACUUCACGCCUGAAUCUUAAGCCUGACAUUAUAUUGUCAAAGAGGGACCAAAAUUAUGAAGCUACGAAACUUCAUUUCGAAAAUCUUGUUGAGAGAUAUGGGAAUCCUAUUAUUAUUUUGAAUUUGAUUAAGACAAAUGAAAACAAGCCUCGAGAGUCUAUUCUUCGCACAGAAUUCGCUAAUGCAAUUGAAGCUAUUAAUAAAGAUCUGUCUGAGGAGAAUCAUCUUAAAUUCCUUCACUGGGAUUUGCACAGACAUUCUCGGAGCAAAGCUACAAACGUUUUGCUACUUUUGGGGAAGGCUGCUACAUUUGCAUUGACACUGACAGGUUUCUUCUAUUGUGAAGUUACACCAGAUUUGCAAUCAGAGGGAUUUCUCAAAUGUCCCUGUUUUGAGAAUAUUGUUGCACCUAGCAUGUUGGCCACAAGAUACUGUGACACAGAAAAUGAGAAACAUUGUGUUGAUGAGAUUGAGGAUUCAGAUAGCUCUGACAGAAAAUCUAGCGUUUCUACUUGUAAUCCUGCUGUCAAGUCACCAACGUUUCAAAGGGGAGUUCUCAGGACAAAUUGCAUAGAUUGUCUGGAUCGCACCAAUGUGGCUCAAUAUACAUAUGGUUUGGCUGCUUUGGGUCAUCAAUUGCAUGCCCUAGGAGUAUCUACUUCGACAAAGAUAGACCUUGAUGAUCCUUUGGCUGAUGAAUUAAUGUGUCUUUAUGAGAGAAUGGGAGAUACUCUUGCACACCAGUAUGGUGGCUCAGCUGCUCACAACAAAAUUUUCUCUGAGAGAAGAGGUCAGUGGAAAGCUGCAAUCCAGUCCCAGGAAUUUUUUCGAACUCUACAGCGUUAUUACAGCAAUGCAUACAUGGAUGCAGAGAAACAAAAUGCCAUUAAUGUAUUUUUGGGGGAUUUUCUACCUCAACCAGGUAAACCGGAUGUGUGGGAACUGGAUUCUGACCAACAUUACAAUGUGGGGAGAUAUGGGCAGUCAAAUAUUGAUGAAAAUGGAAGAUUACUUUUUAAAAGAUCAUGGUCAGAUGGAAACAUUCUUAGUGAAAGUCACUCGCCCACAUCCACCUCAAAAUCCAAUAUGGGCUUUUCUAGUGCUGGGUUAUCAGACAAGCCAAAAAGAGAAUGCAAAAUGCUUUCCGAGUCAACACCAGUAAUAUCAGCUUCUGAAAGUGACGUAACAUGUUCAAGGUACACCCCUUCAGUGCCAUCUGUGGAGCUUCGUGCAGAAAUGCAGAGAGAUGGCUGCCUUGAACAUGAAAAUGUAGACACGAUUGACUGCUCGAACUUCGUUGACUUAGAUUGGCUUUCCUCUGGAACUUCAUGCGAGGAAGAGUCAUUGGAAAGGUACUCCUAUUUAGAGUCGCUUGAAUUUCUUUUUUCUUUAAGAUACUAUGGGUGAUGACUUCUUGGUGCUUCAUGGACGGGAGUAAUCUUUUCUAGAAAAAUGAAUGAUGUUACUUUGUUUCCUCGCUAUUGAAAUCUCUUGAAAAUAUAUGAUCAGAACCUUUGGCUUAUCCAGGGAAUGGACCAUUUCACAUUGAAACUUGCUAUUUCCCUUUUCUGUUAUUUGGCAAGCAAGUUAAGUUGCUUUAGAUCCAUUAUUCCUUACCCGUAUUAUCUUUCUUUUCUUGCAAGUAUGUACAGGUUUCUUUCGUAUAACUUUUCUGUGAAUUUGUAAUUGAUCUCAACUCUUUUCUUACAUUUGAGGUCUGUUUGACAUUGUUGUGGUUGAGGUCGUCUAUUCCUAGCUCUCAUCACCCUCUUUCACUAGUGCAGUUGAAAUUGUUAAUAUGGUUCUCAAUGUCUAUUCCGAAAUUAUUUUGAAUAUACAUGGCCUCCUUAUUUUAGCCUUCUCCAACUAAUCCUCCAUAAU